UAUAAUCAUUCAAACUAUUAAAAGGACAACAGGUUAAACCUUCAUGAGCUGAGAAAAUCAUUUAAGAUCAUUUUAAUAAAAAGGAUAUGGUAACAGGCUUGAAAUUAGAGUAACAGGGUUGUGAGAAGUAAAAGGGUUGAAUGGACACAUUGGCUUUGAUUGUAGAUCAUGACAUAAAUGCGACAAAUAAAUACUCAGGACCACAGAAAUGUUGUCUAAUAAUAUUUUAUAUAUCUUUUCGAUGAAGCAUCAACAAGAUUGUCAGGGUAACAGUUACAGGGUUGCAAAUCAACGCCAGUGUUAACUUUUUCUCCGGAGCAGAUGCCAGUUGUGGAAUGUAACAUUGCAGUCAAGGUCAGGGACGAACUUAGGUAUAUAAAUAAAGCUGAAUAGAUUUUGGCAACACGGUUACACAUAUGUUGUGGUACACAACUUUAGGAAUCAUGUUUGCAAACAUUUUGUGGAUUUCUGCAUUGGCACCACUUUUGUCCGUUGUCCACGCCGACCACAAAGAUCUGUCCGACCACGAUCAGCAUAACCACCUAAAUAACGGAAGCCAGAAUGUAUACCAGACAAAUAAUGAUUUUGCUUUUCGGCUGUACAACCAAAUAGCAGCAAACCCUGACUUUCAGUCCAAGAACCUCUUCCUCUCUCCUCUGAGCAUCUCUAUGGCUUUGGCUGCUGUGUCCCUUGGAGCAAGGGGCAAGACACACUGCCAAAUAUUUCGUGGACUUGGCUUCAAUGAAUCUGAUGUCACUGAUAAGCAAGUGCACCAAACGUUCUUGAAUCUUCUAAAGAACCUAAAUGAAAGAAAAAGAGUGGAGUUAAAGUCUGGUAGUGUGAUGUUCAUAAACGAAAGCUUCAAGAUACAUCCAGAGUUCCUGGAGGAUGUGAAGCGUUUCUAUCUCUCAGAUGGCUUCACAACUGACUUCACCAAACCCGCAGAGGCAGCAGAUAUGAUUAAUAACUACAUGAAAGAAAAGACACAUGGCAAAAUCAAAGAAAUGGUGGGAAAAGACAUCAGUCCAAUGACUGUGUUGGUCCUCCUAAAUUACAUAUAUUUCAAAGGUAAAUGGGCAAGUCAGUUUGAUCCAGAAGACACCAAUGAGCGCGACUUCCAUGUGAAUGCGAAGACCACUGUACCAGUUCAAAUGAUGUCUAAGGAGGGCUUUUUUGAGGUUUUGUAUGAUCCCACAUUCUCUGCCACAGUUCUCAACCUGCACUAUAAUGACUCAAUCUCCAUGAUGCUAGUUUUGCCUCAUAAGCGUCUGAAAGUGUUGGAAAAAAGGAUUGGUCCAGACCAUCUGGCAGAAUGGCGUACCAAGAUGCGAAAAAGGCCGUGCAUGAUUUACAUUCCUAAGCUGUCUAUUAGAACAUCAUUUUCCCUGAACAAUAUUCUCGACAAAUUGGGAAUGAGUGAUAUGUUCACUGACAUUGCAAACUUCACAGGAAUAUCAGAUGAUCCACUAGAGGUUUCUGAGGUUAAGCACAAAGCCACACUAGAUGUGGAUGAGGUGGGAGCAGUCGCUGCAGGGCUCACAGAGGUGGUAUUCAUGCAGAGGACUGUAAGACCAAUGGAUGUGCUGGAGUUCAAUCGUCCAUUCAUGAUCUUCAUCAUCCACAAUGACGCAAACAUUAUUCUUUUUAUGGGAAAAAUUCUCAACCCAUUGGAAAACUAGAACAAAAGACUACAGAUCUACCAUAGUUAUGAAAUAUAUAGAAAUAUUUGCCUUAUAUAUAAAAUGCUUACCCCUGAAAUCACUAUACUCUAUUCCACUGCUGUUCAUGACUUUAUAUAUAUAUACAUACAUACAUACAUACAUAAAAGCUUAGCCUUUGAGAAACCUGUUUCUGUUAAGAGGCUUUUGAACAUUCAACCUGCACCCUGAUUUAAACAAAUGGUUUUGCUGUCUUCCAUUUUGUGUGAACAAAACCUACUCGGAAUAGUCUUGCUGCAAUUAAUUGGGAACUUGCUGGGAGUACUUUCUAUCAUCAGGAAAAUCAUACAGCUCAUUGAGAUGGCAGGUUUUGUUUGUUUGUUUAUUUGUUUGAUUUUUGUUUGUUUGUUUGUAUUAGUCCAUUCAAAAAUAGUGUAUUAUUUUCCAUCUUUUCAGACUAAAGUCUAAGUUUUAAAACUUAAACUGGCUUUUAUAAAGCUAAGACAACACUUAUGAACUCUUACUAAGCAUGGAAACUCAUCAACUCUAAUUGAACUUGUCUGACUGGCUCAUUAUUGUCAGUUUAUAUCAAGAACAAACAUGAGUACGUUUUUGGUAGGCCUGAGAGAAAUUUGUCAGGCCACAGCUGAUUGCUUAUCUUUGCAAGACACACGGACUUCUGAAAAAUUCGCAGAUGAUAUUAUAGCUUAUGUCAAGACCGAAUAUAGACGCUAAAGGGGAACGAUUAAUCACUACUGUAGUAUACACACAUAACGCAAUGGGAACUACCUGGAUACAUUACACGACCACCCAUAUACAGCGAAGGUGCUGCGAACAUGCCCCAAAUCUGCAACCUUUAAGACGUUUUGCGCGGAAUCUGAGCAAGGACCAAGCCCGCGCAGGCGUUGACCUCCGCUAACGAGCCCCAACGUUCGUGCGCCUCUUCCGUUCCUCACCAUCGAGAUAACAGUGUACCGUUAUCCACACCAUUGUACAUUAAAAUACAGUACUGUGA